AUGGCCGCCGCUGCGUCUGUGACAGGCAGGGUCACGUGGGCAGCCUCGCCUAUGAGGUCGCUGGGGCUCGGCCGGCGAUUGUCCCUUCCCGGACCCCGUCUCGAGACGGUGACUGCCGCUGUCAACCCGAGCCUGAGCGAUCAUGGCAACGGGCUCGGGCGGGGAACGAGUGGCAGCGGCUGCAGCGGCGGCAGUUUGGUGGCGGGCUGGGGCGGCGGAGCGGCGGCGGCGGCGGCGGUGGCACUGGCACUGGCCCCGGCCCUGAGCGCCAUGCGGCGGGGCAGCUCCGAGAGCGAGCUGGCGGCCCGGUGGGAGGCGGAGGCGGUGGCUGCGGCCAAAGCGGCGGCCAAAGCUGAGGCCGAGGCCACAGCGGAGACGGUGGCGGAACAUGUCCGCGUGGACGCGGGCACGGCCGGGGAACCGGAGUGCAAGGCAGGGGAGGAGCAGCCCAAGGCCCUGGCUCCGGCCCUGGCCCCGGCGCAGCCCAGUGCGGCUGAGGAGGGGGACACCCAGGUCCUUCAGCGGCCGCCGCCCACGCUGCCCCCGUCCAAGCCGAAGCCGGUGCAGGGCCUCCGCCCGCACGGGAAGCCCCGGGGCAAGGGCCGAAGCUGCAAGCGGAGCUCGGGCCACGGUUCCAGCGAGAACGGCUCCCAGCGGCCGGUCACCGUGGACAGCUCCAAGGCCAGGACCUCCCUGGAUGCCCUGAAGAUCAGCAUCCGCCAGCUCAAGUGGAAAGAGUUCCCAUUUGGCCGGCGCUUGCCUUGUGACAUCUACUGGCAUGGAGUUUCAUUUCACGACAAUGACAUAUUCUCUGGUCAAGUGAACAAGUUUCCAGGCAUGACGGAGAUGGUGCGUAAAAUUACUCUGAGCAGAGCAGUGAGAACCAUGCAGAAUCUCUUUCCUGAGGAGUACAACUUCUACCCUCGCUCAUGGAUUCUGCCUGACGAGUUCCAGCUCUUUGUUGCUCAGGAUCCUCUCCAGCUGAUUGGACAGUGCCUGCCCACAGCCAGGGUGUCUUCCCCACUCAGUCUACUGACUCACACACCGGUCCCCUCUGGAAACAGCCUUGCACACAUCCAGGAAUAAUGCGUUCCCGGUGCUCUAGGUAUAUCCUAAUCCAGUCAAGGUGACACCCAAAAUUAAGAAUCACACUGAGUAAAAAGAAUUGCCCUCGCCGAUGUGGGCUGGCAUCACCCACAAAACAGAACAGAAGGCUGGGAAGGGUGGAUCUGCUCUCUGAGUUGAGACAUGCAUCUACUCCCACCCUCCAACACAGGGGCUCCUGGCUCUCAGGCCACUGGAUGCUGAUCGAACUACACCAUGGGGUUUCCUGGGGCUCCAGCUUGUGGAGGACUGGCCAUGAGGCUGAUUCCUCGGCCUCUGUAAUCACAAUUUCCAUAAUAAAUUCCUUUCUUAUCUCCACAUAUAUAUCCUAGUGAUUCUCUUUCUCUGGAGAACCCUGGCUAAUCCACACCUGAGAUCUUGGCUGGGGCGGGGUUGUUCCUCCCUUACGUGGUGUUGGCAGGACUCAGUUCUCUGUGGGUUAUUGUGCUGAGCCCGUUGGCUUCCUGCUGGCUGUAGCUGCAGGGCACCCUCAGGUCCUGGCCACACAGGCAGCUGCUCAUGAUGAGGCAGCUAGCAUCAUACAAGCUGGCAAGGGCGAGUGUCUGUUAUCAACAAGGAUAUUAUAAUCUCAUGUGAUUCAAUCACAUCUGUCACAGAAGCGGCAUCCCGUCAACCCUGAGAGAUCCUAACGCCACAGCAAGUUGCUCAAGAAAAGGAAAUUGCACUGGGCUGUGAAUACCAGCAAGCAGGGGUCACUGGGGUCAUCUAGAGACCACCUACUGCAGCCUGCCCGCCAACCCCUGGUGAUGCCACCCUCUGGCAUCCACGUUCUCAUGUCACCUUCUCCCCUAAGUGUGGGCAGGACCUGUGGCCAGUUCAACAGCCCACGAAAUGCCAACCCUCCAAGGACCACAUGAGCUUGGAAGUGGAUCUCUUUCUCAGUCAAAUUUUGAGGUGAAACGUCCAACCUGAAGGCUCAUGAGACCUCCUGAGGAAAAGAACGCAGGUGAGCCCGGAUUUCUGCCUCCCAGAAACUGCGAGAUGAUGAUCACAAGGAGUUUACAGCUGGGAAGUCUGUGGAAAUGUGUCACACGGCGUUAGAUACCCAAGGCACCAUCUGCAAUUACUCCUCCAAUGGCAGAAGCUGCAGACAACAGCUUUGGGAUGCUGGGAGGAUUUCUGUGCAUGUAAACUUCCAGGAGAGACUCAGUGUAGAGAUAAACCCUGGGGUAAGUGGAAAGAGAGCAUUGCAGCAAGUCUAUGCAUGAAGCACUGGCCUAUGUGAUACGGCAAUUUACAAGUCCACCGUGUAUUAUGUAAUAUUAUAGAAUACCCCUCUUUUCCGUGGCUCUUGUCAAUUUUUUGUAUCUCUGAAUGAUGAACUCUGCACUUGGCAGACAGUUCCUGGCAUGCGAAUGUAAAUGUUGAAGGCACUGAUCCAGCCUCUCCUUUCCUUUAAGUUUUCACUCUUUAUCACCAGACAUCAACUAUCCGUUUGAGUUUGGCACUGGAGAUGUUGACCUGAGCUGACCUCCUGGGCAUAGUUUUUUCAUUGGAGGGAGCUUUC